AUGCUUCGCCUCCUUCGAAUAUUGGUUUUUAUAGCCGGGACUGCGAGCGCCUGCUUUAGCGACAAAAAUCAUACUUGUCUAAACAUCUACAAUAAGUGCCCGUUUCCGGUGUAUCCGGCUUUUACCGGAACUACCGUACCGGCGGAUGGGGGCUUCCGGUUGGAGCCGUGGACCAGCAAGGUGGUACAAGUCCCCAACGGAUGGCAGGGCAAAAUUUGGUCUCGAAUGCAGUGUGAUGAGCGCAUGUUUUGCGCGACCGGGGAUUGCGGGACCGGUAAGUCCGAAUGCGAAGGGAAAGAUGGAAAGCCGCCGUAUACAAUGGCUGAAUUCAAGAUGAAUCCUGGAGGCAGUAACGGCCAGGACCGAUACACGAUUUCACUUGCAAAUGGAUACAACGUGCAUAUGAUUAUUAUUCCGAUCGAUGGGACGUUUCGGUUUACGAAAGGGAACUACGAUUGCUCGAUCGGCGGUGGAUGCGUAGAUGACUUGAUCAGCAACUGCCCAAAUGAGCUGCAGGUUUUGUCGGAAGGUCGAUUAGUGGCUUGUAAUUCACCCUGUCACGUCUUCAAAUCGGAUUUGCAUUGUUGUAGAGGAAAAUACAACACAUCAUCAACAUGCCCGGUAUCGGCUUAUGGGGCUGUUUUUAAGAUGAUGUGCCCGGCCAGCUACAGCUACCCUUUCGACACGAGCGCCCAGGCGUUCACGUGCCGGGGCAAGGAAAAACCGAGCGCCGCCUACACGGUGCAAUUCUGU